AUGAAUUUUUGUGUUUUUAUAAUUUCCUCACUUCUCUUGCUACUCCUUGUGACUACAACUGGCAGCCAAUUGGUAGCUGCAGGAGGAAAUGAUAUGAAAAAGAAGUGUUUGGAUAAUGAGAGAGAUGCUCUCCUUCUUUUCAAAGCUUCCUUUCAAGACCCUUAUGAUUAUCUCUCUACAUGGAGAGCUGAUGAGCAUGACUGCUGUAAAUGGAGUGGAGUCACGUGCAGCAACCAAACAGGUCAUGUCACAGGGCUUGAUAUCAAUGUAUAUUGGCUUGAAGGUGAGAUAAGCCAUUCACUGCUUAACUUAACCUACUUGAAUCAUCUUGGCCUUUACGGUAACGCUUUUUAUGGAACCAUUCCCACCUUCAUUGGUUCUUUGACUCGAUUAAGGUACCUUAACCUUGGCUUGAAUCAUUUUAAUGGGACCAUUCCCAGGUCAAUUGGUUCCUUGACUGAACUAAGUUACCUUUCCCUUUCUUAUAAUUCUCUUUAUGGAACCAUUCCACCAGAGUUGGAAACCUCACCAACUUGCAAGAGCUUCAUCUUGAUUCUGUUGGAAGGUGUAGAGUGGAAAAGGUAG